CUUUUAUUUUUUGAUCAGCCAAUACUUUCAAUUCAAGACUUAUUGAAGUAUAAUAAUAAGGUGAUCAGCAUAAAUGAAUUCUUUGAGAACUUGAUCCGUCUUCAAAUUCAAUUACUUGAUAUAUUUAAAAUAGGUAAUGACUUCAUGCAUCUUCCAUACCUCGUGGAGUUGAAGAAUUAUCUCCCAGAUAGCUCUUUCCAUGAUUUGGUUCAGGAAAAAGAAAACUUCAUGACUAGUGGGGGAAAUAUAUCUCCAGAUGACUCAAGCAAUGAGGAAAAAUCACCGGUAUCAGCUACAGAAAUAAAAGAAAUCAACGUGGAUAACGAAAGAAUCAUAAAAUUGGGCGAUGAGAUUAAACUCCCAUUAUCUUCCAAAACAAUCAACUAUCAACUCAGAAGAGCAUCAGUUAAUGGGAGUAAUAAGAAUGAUACAAAGGCUAAAUCGCCCCUGCCAUCGGCCCCUGAACCAGAGAGAAAUAUCAACAAUAGUGAAGAUAAACUAGGCGACCAAGAAAAGAAGAACAAAGAUAAAAAUUACCUUAAGGGUAAGCGAAUGGUGAUUAUCCCCCACAAAAUUUUGACCAAACCUUUCACCAAGUUGACCACCAAGGAAUACUUGAAGUUUCUUCUGGUGAUUGUUAAGAUAAUUGUCAAUUUCAAAACGUUUUUUGCGUUAACAAUAGACUCAUUACCAACAAGCCAUUCACAACAAUUCCAACAACAACAACAUCAGGCACAAGAACAUGGCAUUAGAAAGAAAACCUCUUCGUCUACUCUUUCCAGUACCAUUAAUCAAUUUCGUUUCAACCUUAACCACCAUAAUACCAACGAGAAACCCAGUGAAGAUGGGAAUCCACUCAACGACAAUAGCAUGUACGAUUUCGAACAUAUUCUUGAAAAAAUUGCAAAUAUGGAAUCUUUCUUCAAUAUCAAGUUGGGAAUAUUGGAACAAAAAAAGAAUAGAGCAAACGAAUUAAAGAAAACUUAUCCUGGAUCAUACUCAUCAUUACCCAGUCACUAUAAUACCAACAGUACUACAUCCAGCAGUCUUAACGAGAGUCCCAAGGAGGCCAGUAAUGUCUCUGUAAACGGAUCGCUAAUAUCAACUCCUACAUCCAGCUCUUCUUCGGCCAUGAACUCGAUUAUCAAAUCAGAUAUCGAAAAACUCGACCGAGACAGACAAAACCACUCGAGACAAUCACCCCUUAAGUCCUUAUAUACAAAUAUAUUCCAGAAAUCAAAGGCUCACCUGCAAGACUACCGGGACCCACAGCACGACGAGCCCGAUGGUCUUUCAACUGACGUAUACGGCAACAUCAGUGAGACCCAUGGAAAUGCCCGAUCCAGCAGUGCCAAUCUCGAUCCAUUUUCCAACAUCAACAUUCCAGAAUCGCCCGAGUGGGACCGCAACCCAGACUUGAAGGUCAUAAUGCAAAAAGUCUACCAAUUAAUGGCCAACGGCACUGGCCGAACCCCAAAUCAGAUUGCAAAAACCAAAUCCGCAGCCAUUAGUCCUCGUACAACCUCAGCACAAAAUAGCACCAAAAAUCAACAGACCCCCGGUAACAACAUUGGAAUUGAUACUUUGAAGAUGAUGGCCCAAUCCAAGGUCCAAUUGGACGACUGGGACGUCAUAAGCAAAAUGUAUUAAGCCUGUAAAUAGUCCGUUAAUCUAAAGAAUCCUAUCCAACUCUGUGUAAAUUUGAGACCUCUGCACGUGUAAAUCGUGUCCCUAAUUUUAAUUCUCGCUCAGAAACCAAUUUUCUCUCAUUUUUUCAACACCCCC